GCUGAGCCACGAAGAACUGUGUGACUGGGCCGAAGAUAUCGACUUGAAUCACCACGAGGAGUUGGAUGCAACGGAUUUGAAGCCCCGGAGGAUUGACUUUGUGGCCCCCGGGGUCGAAAGUCAAAAGAUUACAAUCGGCAAGGUGCAAUCUCCAAAAGACGAGGACGGCGAACUAUCGCAUACGAGCAGUAGUAGUGCGGCUGUCGGAAAGCCAGCCCUUGAGACGUCAACCCCUCUGAACAUUCUCCGCGACACUUGGGCAGCGACGGUUGCGUUCCCAACCUCGGCAGCAGCGGGAAAUGAGGAGGACGUGUUAGGUCUGAAGAAUGUCCUGUCGGGCGUCGCCGAAACAGAACUCAAGAAAAAGCUGCAGUUUAUUAACGCCGACGCGGAGAUCUUCGCGGGCAAGAAACUGCUUGAAACAGUGCUAGGUAAAAAAGCGAAAGGCAAGAAAAACAAAACCGGCGAAUCACUGACCGGACACCUGCUGGCUGCGCUGGAGUUUGACGUGUUGGACGACGCCGAUCGCGCCACUAUGGAACUCGAGCAGUACUGCACCGAACUGCGGCAAAAAGGCGACC